UGAGGUCUCCCUCUCUUCCUCAUUAUUCUGUCUAAUUUUCUACCUUCCGGAUAGAAGUCACGACAGAAAUGAAUCCACUAACACUCACGGUGGUUCUGAUAGUCCUGGCAGCGGGGUACGCUCAGCUCAAUGUUCUGCAGCCAGAGUGUGACUCCCCUGAGGCAGAAGAGGCUGCACUGGUGGCUCAAGACUACCUCAAUGCCCAGCACACUCACGGCUACAAAUAUGCACUGAACAGGAUUGAGGACAUCAAGAUUCUUACUAAGCCCGAUGGAGACAACACAUAUGUUGUUGAAGUGGACUUGCUGGAGACAGACUGUCACGUGUUGGACCCCACACCAGUUGCUAACUGCACAGUCCGACCAAAAGUACUCACGGCAGUAGAAGGAGACUGUGACGUGGUGCUGAAAAGAGUUGGAGGCGCAUUGGCUGUCACUGCUUUCAAGUGUAAGACAGAAGAAUCAACAGAAGACCUCUGCGUGGGUUGCCCCAGCCUGCUUCCCCUGAACGACACAAGAGCCCUUGACUUUGUCCAUGCUUCUCUGGCAACCUUCAACAACAUUACCGUUAAUGUGACAUAUGCUCUUCUUGAGGUCGGAAGGAUGUCAACACAGAUUGUCUCUGGUGGACCACGUUAUUUGGCAGAAUAUGUUGUAGCUGAGGCGAACUGCACUAAUGACGCCUGUGUGCCUCUGACUGCUGCUAUGGCUACACAUGGUAUUUGCAUUGCCAAAGGCCUCAGUGCUGCCCACACAGUUGACUGCAAGAUGUUUCCCAUUAUGGUGCCACCUCAAGAUGCCAACAGCACUGGUGCUCCUAAUGUGUCCGCAGGCAUCCAUGUACACACACAUAGUCUCUCCAGAAAGCACGGCCUGAGACACCACAAACUGACCUCUCUCCAUGACCCCCAUGUUACUGGCCUUUUGUCCGCUGAGUCAGCAGAGUCUGCCGAAGUGGUGCCCGUAGUGGCAGUAGAUGCUUCAUUUGCACCUGUUGCUCCAACUGCUGACACUACAUCCUCAUCCGAGGUCUCGGUCAGUUUAGAGAAAUCCGUUAAACUGCUUAAAAGAGAUGUAUCUGCUGCAGAUGCCACAGUUCCCAACACUGUUGCAACAGACCCCAUUCUCCUCAUCCCACGGUGCCCAGGAAGGGUCAGAUACUUUUAAGUUUUCCUUUAACAUUAAAUUCUGUUUGACAAAACAA